AGAAUCUAGACACGAAUCCGAUUCUUUGAGCUCCACGUGGCGUAUUAAACCCGGUUCGGACCGGUAAAAACCGGCGACCCACCAUAAACGACGUCGUUUUGGAGUUUAGCUUACUCCCGCCGCACCCUGUAACUGCAAAAUUCUGUUCCUCAAUCGCUGAACGAUGGUGAACUCAACAAUGGAAACCCUAGACGCAGAACCAUCGUCUCCUUCAACAACCACCGAUUCCAAACCUCAAAUCUCUUCUCCACUUCCCUCUUCCAUGCUCAGACUAUGGAGGCAAGCUGCGCAACGGAAUCUGAGAAACCAGUGGUCACAAUUGGCAUCGCUCAAGGAUCAAUGGUUCUCUAUUUCUUCCACCGCAAGAUCCUACGCUAAUGCUCUUAUUAACUCUCACCUUUCUCAAAGGUAUAUGCCUAAUAGGAAGUUAGGUGUUUUGGAUGAUAUGCCUGAUAUAAGAAAGAGAGCUUGUUUGAAACUGUUCAAGCAGCAGGAACGUCAAAGGAGCCAAUUGUUGUUAUCUUAUAAGGACAUGGUGGCCGUUGUAAGUAAAAUGAUCAAUGUUAGCAGAUCAAUGAAGUGUUUUUUCAGAGGAUCAAACAAUAGUCCACUGUUACAAUUUUCCCAUUACUCCAAAGACCCAAGUGACUCUGGAGAUGGUGGUGGAAUUCCGGUAUUUGCAUUCUUCUCAAUCUCUUCGCAUGAGAAAUUGGUGGAGGAGCUGGUUCAGAUGUUCAAAUUGGAACUGUGUUUGAAGCGCCUACUUGUUCUUGAAUUUAUUUCAAUUGGUUAUGAUGCUUCACAAGCAAACCAGUUGCAUUGGUCAACUCAGCUUUAUGCUGAUGAAUUCAAAGAUUUGAGCGACUGCAAUCUGUUCUGUAAGGUGACUGGUGGACCAGUUCCACCAAGAUUGAAGGACGGAAAAUCUGACAUGGGUGCUUUAAGAUUCAACAGCCAACCCAAUCCGGAAGUUUUCCAGGUUCAUUUAACAUCGUGGCUGGCAGAGGUGAACAUAAACACCUUCAGGGUGAAAGAAAUAUUUGAAAUUGUUGGGGAGGAAAUGCAUGUUAGCAUAGGUUAAAGCUUUUGUCAUUGUCAGUACAGUGUGGUGAGCAUGUUAUUGGGGUCGGAUUGAGUGGUUACACCUUCGAAAGCUCUUUUUCAGACAUUGUCAAACCUAAUCAUAUGAAAAAUGGAUGGCGAGAGACAUUCAUCGCUUGCUGUUGCAAACUUGCAGUAAAAGGAUUACAAAGUCAUGGAGAUAGAUAGUUUCAUGGAGAUAGAUAGUUUAAUGUGAUAACUUGUAGCAAAUUAACAAAUUGAGAUGGAGGACUGGGUUUUUCUUGUGUGGAUCAAUUUUGUUUCAAGGUAAACUUAGCACAAUGGGUGUCGACAUGGAUACAUAAUAUGCUCAACUAUAUUGUAAAUGUGAGGGUGGUGCAAAACUACUUUCUUAUGCUGUAUUGUUUUCCUGCUAUGACCUUGAGGAAAAAUUAUAAUUUUUAUUUUGUAGUAUUAUUUCGACAACAAAACAAGUUGGAUGUUUAACACAAUCAAAUGUGACUAAUGUAAUUCACUUGAUGGUUAUUGAA